AUGAGCUCCAGGACCGCCAAAGAUAUAAUUGUUGGCAAGUGGGGCUUGAAGUCGGGUAUCUCCAGAGGUGAGGGUGGACUCGAGAAAUGCAAGCAGGAGAACGCUGCCCUGAGGAAAUCGAUGGAGGAAAUCCUUAAAGGGAAAAGCAGAAUGGCUGAUCCGGAAAGGAGCAUGCUCCUGGAGAAAAUACUUUCCCUUGAAAAAGAAAAGGAGAAACACAACCAUCUUCUUGAAGAGAAGGACAAAGAAAUCCAGAACCUGAAAGACAGGCUUAAGUCCAAAAACAAGAAUAGUGAAGUCUCCGUAUUACAAAGUCAACUUGAGGAAAAAACAAAGGAAGCAGAAAGGCAAGAUCAGUUAAUUUGUUCUCUAUCGGAAGAAAUGAACCGGUUAACAUGUAAUUUAGCCACUGUUACUGCAAAAUGUUCUGAGCUUGAAAACAGAACUGGUACUUCUCAAGCAUCCCAGGACGCUGUAACAAAUAGCACUGGAUCACCAACUAAUCUUCAUGAAGUUGAAAAACAACUGAAAGAUGCUCUUGAGAAAAACCAACAGUGGCUACUGUACGACCAACAACGUGAAGCAUAUGUCAGGGGCCUGCUUGGAAGGAUCUUUGAACUUGAACAGAAGCCAGAAAUAGGUAACCAACAACAAUCUAAAGAAUUUGAUUCUGAAGGUCAGCUACAAAGGGAAAAGCAAAAAUAUUAUGAUCAGCUGUUACUAACUGCUAAGACUGAUCUCCAGACUGAAAGAUGCACUGUAACCCAGCUGAGAUCUGAACUUAACAAAUUCAAGAAGAAGUAUGAAGAAACACAACAAGAAAUAAUAAGUUUAAAUGCCUUAUUGCAGUCACAACAGGCUAGUGCAACCAAGACUCUAGAAAAUGAAAAUAAAAUGAAAGAAGAGAAAGUGCAGAGACUAAAACAAGAAAAUGAAGCUAUUAAGGCACAGGUCAGAGAAGAAAAGAAAAAAUCUGAAGAUCUUUUAUGUCAGGUGCAACUUCUUCGUAAAUUAUUGCUCAAACAGCAGGAGGAACACAGUAGGAUAGCUUUGUUGGAACAACAGAUAUGCACCACAGACUUUGAGAAUAAAAACCUUGAUCAACAGAACUUGCAGCAUCAGUUAAACGAAGUCCUUAAGGAACUGCGCGAGGCUAGAGAGCAAAUAGCCCGUCUGGAACCUCUGAAACUCCAGGAAUCUGGACGUAUGGAACUGCAAGAAGACUUGCAAGUUGCAUUUGAAGAGAAGCUGACUGUGUAUGACAGAAGUCCUUCCCCAAAACAUUCCAACCUUCUUGAUGAAAGUUUUCUUGAGUGUCCCAGAUGUAAAAUGCAGUAUCCAACAAGUCAGCAUAGAGAAUUACUAGCACAUAUUGACUUUUGUACAGCUUGA